AUGGGUUACGAAUCUAUCAGUCUCAAGGACUCGGCUGACCUCCGCCGCUCCAUCUACCAGCUUGCAAAGACUUYUGCCGUCUCGGAUGCGAAGCUCAAGGAGAUCGUGGAGCAUGCUAUUACCACUGUGCCUAGUAGCUUCAACUCCCAGUCCACACGCCUUGUGGUUUUGGUUCGAGAGGAGCAUGACAAAUUCUGGGACAUUGUCCAUGGCAUUGUAAAGGCACUGGCCCCUGAAGAUGCCCAAGAAAAGACCGCGCAGCGCAUGGCCAUGUUCAAGGGUGCCUUUGGAACUAUUCUCUUCUACGAAGACCCCGAGCCUAUCAAGAAAUUGCAAUCCACCUACGCCAUCUACUCCGAAUACUUCCCUCAAUGGGCCGAGCAUACUUCUGCCAUGCAUCAGUACUACCUCUGGGCGGCUCUCGAAGCGGAAGGUCUUGGAGCAAAUCUCCAGCACUACAACCCCAUUGCCAACCAGAAGACGGCAGAGACGUUUGGUAUCCCACAGGAAUGGCAGCUGAAGGCACAGCUCGUCUUUGGAGAUAUUGUGGGCGAUGCGAGGGAGAAGUUGCAGCCAAGAUCGCAGACAGUCCCUCUCGAUCAGAAGGUGACUUUCCAUGGAUUGUAG